GCAUAUCGAGCAAAAAAGCUAAAAGGCGUUUUCAGUAGUUCACGUGACAUUCUGUUAAGAAUAAAUGCUUUGGAAGGUUGGUCUCUAAGGAUAGUUAAGCAAUUUACUUAGAGAUUGAAAUAAAAUCUAAGUCACAAGCAUGGCUAAUUCAGGUGCAAAACUACAUCCUGACUGUGUUACAACAUUCAAUGAGUUUAAAGGUAACAGCAACAAACCUACUCAUGAUUUCCUGAUUUUCAAAUUAGACGGUAUCAAUAUUGUUCCUGAUCUUUGUCCUCCAAUUGGUACUAGUGCUGAAGAUCCAAGAUUUAGUCAGAAAGAGCACCCAGCCUUUGAUCACAUGGUAUCACAUCUUUUGGAAAAAGGAUCAGGAUAUGCUUUUUUUGUGUUAAAUUAUGAGGUAAAGGACGGUCAUCGCUCAAAAGUAAUUUUUAUUACAUAUGUUGACGACAAUGGUCCUGCAAAAACAAAGAUGACAAUAACAUCAAGUAAAUCUGCAGUUGAGAAAGGCUGCCCUGGUUUCGGAAUAAAAAUUCAAGCUAAUUCAAAAGAAGAUCUAUCAUACAAGGCUAUAUUGGAUGCUUGUCUGACUUCAAAGUAACUUUUUCUCUUCUGGUUAAUGCUAAAAGUCUAAUAAAUAAUGAUAUUCUUUAAACGUCCAAGGUUUUGAUUCAAACAAAUAUAUAGAUUUAAAUUUUUCUAGGAAAUUUUGAAAUUUUGCUUAA